GAACAAUGAGAAAAUUUUGAAAUUUAUUUAUUGAAAUAAUUGAUAAAUUAUUGUUUUUCGAAUAUGCCAAUUUGUGUUUAUGUGAUAUUUAUGUGAAAUUAAUUCAAUUAAGUUUAAGUGUAAUUAGUAUAGUUAAGCUCUAUAAAUAAUCAAAUUACAUAAAGUUAAAGAAAAAAUAUCAAAAAAAAAAUGGCGGCUUUUGCGCUUUCACACAGCAAGGAUGGCAUGCAAAAAGCCGGCUGGAAAAUGGAUCAAAAUGAAGAAGCGUGCUACAUUGAUAUAGACGAAGAUGAAACAACUGCGGAUGCAGAUGAUAAUCGCACAUAUUCAGAUUGGUGCAAUUUACCUGACUUAAUUUUAGAGCAAAUUUUCUCUUAUUUGGAUGUGAAGGAACGCUACUAUGCCAGUCUGGUUUGCACGCAGUGGUACCGUUGCUUGUAUUUGCCAAUGGUUUGGCACAAUUUUUUGGUUGACGAUCGCACCCUAACAAGGCCUAAGUAUAAUUAUUAUUCCGGUUGGCAGUACUGUUUGGAUCAUAUGCGCACACAAAAUUGUAUAGCUAGAAUUGGAAAAUACUUACGAGGCUUAGAGUUUAGACCAGAACAUAGUUUCAAUAAUAUUUAUCAGUUCAUGUCUAUGAUGUCAUGGAGCAUAGAUAAAAGUUUGGAUCCGAAACCUAUAGCAGAACUUAUAGGAGUUGGCAGCCGCAUUAGAUCUUUGGUUUAUAUAUUUCCAUGCAAUAUGUCACACCGCACAGAUCCUGAAGGCAUAAAACUGUUUGGCACUGGUGGACAACUCCUGCAGGGUUUAAAGCAUUUACUUUCGAGACUAAAAAAUUUGAGAACACUGAAAUUAAUAGACUUUGUUUUGAAUCGUUUCGAGGCUAAUCAUUUACUGGAUGAGGUUCUAGAGACCUGUUGUAAUAAAAUGCGUGUUUUAAAUUUAGUGAAUGUGACAACUGGACAUUGUCCGAUUAUGCAUGUUGGCUUGUUUUUUAACCUACAGAUACUAACAAUAUCACCACAAAAUAUAGACGAUGACGUUUUAUUGUUGUUGGCUGACACUCAACUAAGACAUUUGCAUCUUCUACAAAAUUGUUAUACAUCUCCCUGCGAGUAUAUUUUUCCUUGCACUGUAAAGGCUUGGCGCUUACUGAAACGUGAUAAUCCUCUUCUGAGAGUACAUUUGCGACUUGAGUCAGUCAAAGAUGGCGAAAUAGUGUUUCAACCUGAGGCACCUGUAAGCAGCGUCGUCUACCGUUCAACGAAGACAAGGAUAAAAACGUGUGUGCUGAUGCGCAUAGUGGACCAGUACAAAAACACGUUAAGCACCUAUGGCCAUGAGAUGCUACCGCGCUACCACACUCCCAAACCAUUUAUUAACCGCACUGAUAGCUUAAUCUUGUUGCUUUGCCGGCAAUGCUUCAAUCUCACCACUUUACUCAUACGUGAAAAGAUCUCUACAUGCACAUUGUUACUAAUCGCGCGCACCGCUUCAAAUCUGCGGCGUUUAUAUGUACGGCGAUUUUGCGUUGUCAAACGUUUCGAUUGGCCCAGACAUCCAGAAUGGUCGGACGAGUUUUAUGAAUGGCUCCGUGCUUCGUCUCGUUCUUAUGAGUCUACUGAAAUCGAGGUGUCACAAAUACUUGGAUACAAGUGGCAUUUAUUAAACGAUGCUGACUACAUGAAAAUUGAAGCGGAAGUCCGUACUGAAUGUUAAUAUCAUAUUAUGUUUGUUAUUUAGUAGAAUAAUUCCUAAAAGUAUGCAAGUAAAAAAAUUGUACAGUGGAGGUAGAAAAAGAAUUUAUCUUUUCAAUUAAAAUAUGU